AUGUCAGGAUGUAUAGAAGACCAGCCUUUGCUGAACCUGAGCCUGGACCUGAACCUGGACCCAGCUGCGUGUCCUUCAAGAACCUACACCAAGGCCCAAUGUCCUAAUGCGGGGAAGGAGUCUGAACUAGUGUGGGAGGUGGAGUGCUACCAACUAGAUGUAGUUGGGCUCCCCUCUACGCAUAACAGGGGAUCUGGAACCAAACUCCAGGAGAAGGGCUGGACUCUCUCCUUUUCCGGAGUUGCCCAGGGUUACAGGCAUCGGACAGGUGUGGGGAACCUCACAAGCCCCCAGUUGAGCACCACUGUGUUGGAGUUCUCCCCGGGGAAUGAGAGGGUCACCUGGGUGCAACUGCGGGUUGCUCUGACUAUUGUGUGUGCUUAUGCACCAAACAUCAGCUCAGAGUAUCGGGCCUUCUUAGAGUCUCUCGGUGGUGUCCUGGAAAGGGUCCUGCCUGGGGACUCUAUAGUUCUGCUGGGGUACUUCAACACUCAUGUGGGCAACAAUGGAGAAACCUGGAGGGGCAUGAAUGGGAGGAUCGACCUCCCUAAUCUGAACCUGAGUGGUUCUCCGUGCAUGUCCAACUGGGAGAAGACCUCGGGUUUUCUGUUCCACCUGCUGGAGGAGAGCAUUGGCACUUUUGUGAAGAAUGAGCUGAAGAAGAUCCAGAAAGUUGUAGGUCCAGAUUACCCAGAAUGCUUAGAGAGUCAGAGGGAGGAUGAAGAGGUGUUGAACAGUGAGGAUGAGGAGCAGAAGAGGAGCAGCAGAGAGGCAUUUCUGAAGAUCACACUGGACUUCCUGAGGGGAAUGAAGCAGGAGGAGCUGGCUGACUGUCUGCAGAGCAGACAUAUUGCUGCAGUUUGUCAACAUAAACUCAAAUCUAAGCUGAAGAAGAAGUUCCAGUGUGUGUUUGAGGGGAUUUCUAAAGCAGGAAACCCAACCCUUCUGAAUCAGAUCUACACAGAGCUCUACAUCACAGAGGGAGGGACUGGAGAGGUCAAUGAUGAACAUGAGGUCAGACAGAUUGAAACAGCAUCCAGGAAACCAGUCAGACCAGAAACAACCAUCAGACAAGAAGACAUCUUUAAAUCCUCACCUGGAAGAGAUGAACCAAUCAGAACAGUGAUGACAAAGGGAGUGGCUGGCAUUGGGAAAACAGUCUUAACACAGAAGUUCACUCUGGACUGGGCUGAAGACAAAGCCAACCAGGACAUACAGUUCACAUUUCCAUUCACCUUCAGAGAGCUGAAUGUGCUGAAAGAGAAAAAGUUCAGCUUGGUGGAACUUGUUCAUCACUUCUUUACUGAAACCAAAGAAGCAGGAAUCUGCAGGUUUGAUCAGUUCCAGGUUGUGUUCAUCUUUGACGGUCUGGAUGAGUGUCGACCUCCUCUGGACUUCCACAACACUGAGAUCCUGACUGAUGUUACAGAGUCCACCUCAGUGGACGUGCUGCUGACAAACCUCAUCAGGGGGAAACUGCUUCCCUCUGCUCGCCUCUGGAUAACCACACGACCUGCAGCAGCCAAUCAGAUCCCUCCUGAGUGUGUUGACAUGGUGACAGAGGUCAGGGGGUUCACUAACCCACAGAAGGAGGAAUACUUCAGGAAGAGGUUCAGAGAUGAGGAGCCAGCCAGCACGAUCAUCUCCCACAUCAAAACAUCACGAAGCCUCCACAUCAUGUGCCACAUCCCAGUCUUCUGCUGGAUCACUGCUACAGUUCUGGAGGAGGUGUUGAAAACCAGACAGGGAGGAGAGCUGCCCAAGACCCUAACUCAGAUGUACAUCCACUUCCUGGUGGUUCAGUCCAAAUUGAAGAAUGUCAAGUAUGACAGAAGAUCUGAGACAGAUCCACACUGGAGUCCAGAGACCAGGAAGAUGAUUAAGUCUCUGGGAAAACUGGCUUUUGAGCAGCUGCAAAACGGAAACCUGAUCUUCUAUGAAUCAGACCUGACAGAGUGUGGCAUCAAUAUCAGAGCAGCCUCAGUGUACUCAGGAGUGUUCACACAGAUCUUUAAAGAGGAGAGAGGGCUGUACCAGGACAAGGUGUUCUGCUUCGUCCACCUGAGUGUUCAGGAGUUUCUGGCUGCUCUUCAUGUCCAUCUGACCUUUAUCAACUCUGGACUCAAUCUGCUGACAGAAAAGAAAUCAACCCCCCAGAGUAAGAAACAAGUAAGAAACAAAUCCAAAUUAUUCUACCACAGUGCUGUGAACAAGGCCUUACAGAGUCCCAAUGGACACCUGGACUUGUUCCUCCGCUUCCUCCUGGGUCUUUCACUCCAGACCAAUCAGACUCUCUUGCAAGGCCUGCUGAAACAGACAGGAAGUGACUCAAAAAACAGUCCAGAAACAGUCCAGUAUAUCAAGAAGAAGAUUGAAGAGACUCCCUCUGCAGAGAGAAGCAUCAACCUGUUCCACUGUCUGAAUGAGCUGAAUGAUCGUUCUCUAGUGAAGGAAAUCCAAGAGUACCUGAGAUCAGGAAGUCUCUCCACAGACAAACUCUCUCCAGCUCAAUGGUCAGCUCUGGUCUUCAUCUUACUGUCAUCAGAAAAAGAUCUGGACCUGUUUGACCUCAAGAAAUACUCUGCUUCAGAGGAGGCUCUUCUGAGGCUGCUGCCAGUGGCCAAAGCCUCUCACAAAGCUCUACUGAGUGACUGUAACCUCUCAGAGAGAAAGUGUGAAGCUCUGUCCUCAGUUCUCAGCUCCCAGUCCUCUAGUCUGAGAGAGAUAGACCUGAGUAACAACAACCUGCAUGAUUCAGGAGUCAACCUGCUGUCCGUUGGACUGGAGAGUCCAAACUGUACACUGGAAACUCUCAGUCUUUCAGGCUGUCUGAUCACAAAGGAAGGCUGUGCUUCUCUAGCUUCAGCUCUGAGCUCCAACCCCUCCCAUCUGAGAGAGCUGGACCUGAGCUUCAAUCAUCCAGGAGGCUCAGGACUGAAGCUUCUGUCCGCUGGACUGGACGAUCCAGACUGGAGACUGGACACUCUCAGGUUGGAGCCUGGUGGAGUCCGAUGGUUGAGACCAGGUCUGAGGAAGUAUUCCUGUGAACUCGCAUUCAACACAAACACAGUGAACAAAAACCUGAAGCUGUCUGACGACAACAGCAAGGUGACAUUUGUGGAGGAGGAACAGUCGUAUCCUGAUCAUCCAGACAGAUUUGACCAGUGUCCUCAGCUGUUGUGUAGAAAUGUUCUGAUUGGUCGCUGUUACUGGGAGGUCGAGUGGCGAGGAGUGGUUCAUGUAUCAGUGAGUUACAGAGGAAUCAGAAGGAGAGGAGACGGUGAAGACUGUGAAUUUGGAAGGAAUGAUCAGUCCUGGAGUCUGUUCUGCUCUGAUGGUCGUCACUAUGUCUGUCACAAUAAGAAACUGACAAAUUUACCCUCCUCCUCCUCCUCCUCCUCUGUCUCUGACAGAGUAGCAGUGUAUGUGGACUGUCCCGCUGGCACUCUGUCCUUCUACAGAGUCUCCUCUGACUCACUGAUCCACCUCCACACCUACAACACCACAUUCACUGAACCUCUGUAUCCUGGGUUUGGGUUCUGGUCUGGUUCCUCAGUGUGUCUGUGUUCAGAGUAG